UACUUUCUCCAACAAUUUCCUCGGAGUUCAUAAAAUUACUAUAAUACAUUCAUGCGAAGCUCGUUCGAAUAAUCUUCCAUACACUUGCUAAUUGGGGUUUUAUUUGUUUUUGUGUCGAGAUAUCUACCUAAGUUACAAAGAGUAGUUUGCUGAUGACUGUGUGAUGAUUGCGACAGAUAAUCAGCUAGUUUAUCAAGAUCUCGAAGAAAUUCAGAUAAUUUUUAUUUUGAUUUUCUAGUUAUUUUUAAUUAGUGUCUGGAUCUUUAAUUAGAAAAUCAGUGAAUUAAGCUAUUCACGCAGGGUUGUUUUUAUAUUUGGUUGGAUGGAAUAGGGUCUGUCCGCCAUCUCCUAUUUUGAUGUCCUCUGAGUAAUAAUUGAGAAGACACCUAAAAAAAAAAAAGAAAAAGAGGUACAAAGUAGUACUGUGUGCAUUGACAGUUGUACUUUGCAUAACGAGAAAGGAGUAAAAGACAGAUUCGUAUUUUGUGUAGCAAAUAAACAAGUAAGCAGAGAGUGGAGAAGCGAUCGCAAUAGCAAAGGAAGUUUGAUGGCUCCAGUGGUACCAAGAUCCGGAGACGCCAUUUUCGCCAACGUUGAACGUGUGAACGCAGAGCUAUUCACACUAACAUAUGGAGCAAUAGUGCGGCAACUGCUGACUGAUCUAGAGGAGGUUGAUGAGGUCAAUAAACAGCUUGAUCAAAUGGGUUAUAAUAUAGGAAUUAGGCUCAUUGACGAGUUUCUAGCAAAGUCUAAUGUUUCAAGGUGUGUUGAUUUCAAGGAAACUGCUGAAGUCAUUGCCAAGGUUGGUCUCAAAAUGUUCCUAGGAAUCACUGCAACAGUGACAAAUUGGGAUGUUGAGGGAACAACGUGCAGUCUAAUUUUGGAGGACAACCCCUUGGUAGACUUCGUUGAGCUUCCUGAUACCUGUCAAGGUCUAUAUUAUUGUAACAUCUUAAGUGGAGUACUCCGGGGAGCAUUGGAAAUGGUGUCGAUGAAAACAGAGGUUACAUGGCUUCGUGAUAUGCUCAGAGGGGAUGACGCAUUUGAGUUGCAGCUGAAGCUUCUGAAGCAAGUUCCUGAGGAGUAUCCUUACAAAGAUGACGAGUAACAUGCUUUUGUGAUGCUAGACAUUGCAAAUGCAAUAUAAGAAGAUUUCUUUCCAGCCUUCCAGGAUUAUCUUAAAGUUUUUUCUGUUGCUUUGGCGUCUCUUCCAGUUUUCCAUUGUGGUAAAACAAUUUAUUUUAGUAAAAUCUCCAACUUUGCCUUGGCUA